GGGGGUUGUUUAGGUGGGGACGGUGGUGGAGAAGCUAACGCUGUCAUGGCGCCGCGCAGCAUCGCCAGGCAAGCGGUACCUCGGUGUACUCCCUCGCGGCGCGUUACGUGUUCCUCAGGGUUCGUCCGCGAUCGGCGGCGACGAGCGACCUGGUGAAAUUUCGCGUUGUCGCGCUCUCGCGCGGCGAGCCGCUCGUCGCGUCGCGUCCGAAUCGCGAGUGCCUGAGCGUCUUCGCAAGCGCGGUGCUCCACUCCUCUCGCUCGCUCUUCGCAACCCCCGUGGUACCCCCAUGAUACUGACGGUCGCUGACCACCGCUGCGAAGACGCGGUUUCCGAGAAAACGUGAAAAGCGGCUGGUGACUUGCAAUAUAGGGAACGGCGAACCGCCGUUGCGUCACGACGGCAACGUAUUUUUCAUUUGUCACGUAUGGAUAUCACUGUACGUGGUCGCACAAGUGCAAGCAGUUCCGAACAGUAGUGACGCGAGUGACGGCAACGAUCCAUCGGUGAUCAUCGCGGGGGAUCCAUCGUGACCUACGCUUAGCUGUGUCUCGCCCGUGUCGCCAUCGAUCGCGAAGGUCGAGGCUGAAGGUCGCGGAUUCGUCAUCUUCGGGGUUAUCUACGUGCGUUCGUUGAAAUUCAGUGAUCCGACUUUGUCCCGGCGACGUCGGUGUGCGCGCGCUUUCCCACGGAACCACGAGCGCGCCCGGGUAUCGAGAACCCGGCUGUUGGUUCCCAGUGUUGCUGGUGUAUACGUUGAGGUGAAUCGAUGACGGACGAGAAGAGAUCGUGAUAAUCGAGACCUCGAUACGCGAUGCCGCGGUACGACCGAACACGUGACUGAGGCGAAGCAGCCGGCGCUGGAUCUGGUGAGGGGUCCUCGCGAGUUCCGAUCGGGGAAACCGACACAUCGGCGAAGAUAGGCGGGGGUGACCGCCGCGGGAGGAUCGAGCUGGCAGCGGCUGGGUUUCGUCGCGACGUGCUACUAGGAAUAACAAUGUCCUAGCGAAGGCAGGACCGCGUCUUUAGGCCGAUCCCCCUCAUCCUGAUCCACUUCUCUUCCAGAAACCUUCACACAUACACACACAUAGCCCGCCGGUCCUGAUCACCAAUGUACACCCAACCUACCAUCGUCGCGUCCUACACCCGCGCUCGUGCUGCUACAGAUUCGACUGCACACAUGUAAUUGCCCCCGCGUGCGCGCGCGCACACGUACACACGCAUACACACACGCACACAACAUAGAGACAUAUAGAGUUAAACACUCGUGUACAGAGGAGCGUAAGAGAAAAAGAGACUUACACACUUACAGACGCGCCGUUUCGACGCCUUCAGCCCGUGGUUUUUCUGUUCCUUUAUCGUCGAUCUAACGUAUCGUCGCGAUUCACACGCACAGGACGCACACGAACGUGGGGAAACGAACGCGCGAGCGGACACCGAAAGGGCACGUAUCUCAGAGACGGGCGUGCGAGCCUCCCGAAUCCAGCCAAGUCCAAAGUCCUUAAUCCCGUGGGGUGAUCCUGGCCUCGCCCGUACGCGAAGGAACCACACCCCGGCGAGCGAGAGAGCGAGACACCGUGAGGAGACCGGGAGGAGGAAUUCAGGGUCCGGAUUUAACAGGCUCCCGGUGAUGAGAGCGAUACAUUGCGGGGGUUGAAGUGCUUGUCGAGAACGGCGAGGAGGUGGCGAGGUUCGUAAAAAUUGGCAUCGGGGGCGUACGAUCCGGGCAGCGGUAGUGGUGGCGGAGCGGCAGGGGUACUAUGGGAGCGGGGGUAUGGGGGGCGGAGGAGGGCUACAAGCCACGGACCUCCGGCGAAGGCUCGAGUUCCAGUGCACCGGAGGAACUUGUUCGCAGGGUCUGCGGUCCCUAAGGCACGACAGCUACCAUGCUACCGAGGAGAACGCAGCGUGUGACGACUACGAGGACAGGAGGAUUGACCACGAAGCGAUCCUCGCUUCCGGUCAGCCUACCUGCACAGGCUGCCGGCGAUCGUACAGACGCCAGGAGAGCGAAGCGGUUGAGAAAAAGGAGACCCUGAAGCGACGCAUGCCCGAAUCGGAUGAGAUCGGUGCGGUGUACCGGAAGCUGCGGCUUUGCCUGGGCCUUUUCGAGCACGCGAGUAAAAACGAUGAAGCGGAAGAGGACGACGAAGAGAAGAGGCAUCGGUUACGGUGGUGUCGCAGGGGCUUCCGACGAAUCGUGGAAGUGGCGACAAGAGCUCUGCUCCUUGGCAUCGCGCUUCUCGUCACGCCAGGACUCUGUCAGCAGGACGCGGUGCACAUCACGGCUAUCCUUGGGGAGAGCGUUGUCUUCAACUGUCACGUAGAGUUCCCCGGUGAGCACCCAGUGCCCUACGUUCUCCAAUGGGAGAAGAAGGUAGGCGACACGGGGCAGGAGACACCGAUAUACAUAUGGUACGAGUCGUAUCCGACCCACAGUGGCGAGGGAUACGAGGGUCGUGUCUCGAGGGUGGGCGAGAAUUCGCCGUACGGCCAGGCUAGCCUCAAUCUGACGAACAUCCGUGAAAGCGAUCAAGGAUGGUACAAGUGCAAGGUCGUCUUCCUCAACAGGUCGCCCAACAAUCACAAGAACGGUACCUGGUUUCAUCUAGACGUCCACGCGCCACCCAGAUUCAGCGUAACGCCGGAUGAUAUGAUAUAUGUGAAUCUGGGCGAUGCGAUAAUACUCAACUGCCAGGCUGAAGGUACUCCGACGCCAGAGAUCCUUUGGUACAAGGACGCGAAUCCGGUUGAGCCCAACGGCCGGGAUGUUGGGAUAUUCAACGAUGGCACCGAGCUCAGGCUCUCGACCAUCAAGACCGAGGACAUCGGCGAUUAUACCUGCAUCGCCAGGAACGGGGAGGGCCAGAUCAGUCACACAGCGCGCGUCAUCAUCGCCGGUGGAGCCGUUAUUAUGGUGCCGCCGACGAAUCAAACGAAGCUGGAAGGUGAAAAGGUGCAAUUCUCCUGCGAGGCGAAGGCACUUCCGGGUAACGUGACGGUGCGUUGGUUUCGCGAAGGUGCCCCCGUCACGGAGGUCUCGGCCCUGGAUACCAGAGUGUCCAUCAAGAUGGACGGUAGCCUGGUUAUCAACCCCGUCAGCGCCGAUGACUCCGGUCAAUAUCUGUGCGAGGUUACUAAUGGCAUCGGUGAUCCUCAGACUGCUAGCGCCUAUCUGAACGUCGAGUACCCGGCAAAGGUCACGUUUACUCCCACUGUCCAGUACCUGCCAUUCCGUCUGGCCGGUGUGGUCCAGUGUUACAUAAAAGCCAACCCGCCCCUGCAAUACGUGACCUGGACCAAGGAUAAACGCCUACUCGAGCCUUAUCAGACGAAGGACAUUGUUAUCAUGAACAACGGCUCCCUGCUCUUUACACGGGUCAAUGAAAAUCACCAAGGCAGAUAUACCUGCACGCCUUAUAACGCCCAGGGCACGCAGGGCAGUUCGGGUCCGAUGGAGGUCCUCGUGCGAAACCCGCCUGUCUUCACCCUCGAGCCGGAACCAGUGUACACGAAGAAGGUCGGCGAGACGGUCGAGAUGCACUGCGACGCUCAAGAGGCCGACGGAACGCAGAAACCAACGAUACAAUGGCAUCGGAGGGAUGGCGGACCUAUUCAACGCAGUCGUGCGAAGACCGUCGGUGGCAAUCUAACCAUAGAGAGCCUUCGACGUGCGGAUUUCGGGUUUUAUCAAUGCGUCGCCUCUAACGAAGUCGCCACAAUUUCAUCCUCGACGCAAUUGAUUGUCGAGGGUACGCAACCCCAUGCACCUUACAACGUGUCAGGCACUGCCACGCAAUUCGCGGUAACGCUAAUUUGGUUACCAGGCUAUUCCGGUGGUCCUGAUUACAAGCAAGAUUAUACUAUCUGGUAUAGGGAAUCUGGAACUUCGGAAUGGAAGACAAUCCCCGUGACUCCAUCGGGCAGCACAACGGUGACGAUCAACAAUCUCACGCCUAGCACUCUCUACGAAUUUCAAGUAAUCGGGAAAAACGCCCUGGGCGAGGGAAUGCUGAGCAAAGUCAUCACAGUCAGGACGCUCGACAUCCUUGAUUACAAUAAUCUCGUAUUACCGACUGAUUCCACAGGAAAUCCCGUGUUUCCGCCAAUUGUACGACCGAAAGGACCAAAGCCAGGCACUCCCCGGAACCUCACGGUGACGGAAAUCAGCAACGGUUUUCUGAUAACCUGGCAACCUCCUGUGGAGAAAGCCCAUCUUAUCCAAUACUAUACUAUCAAGUACAAGACGGACGGACCUUGGAAAACGCUCAACAAGGGCCAAAUACGACCCGAGGAGACCAGUUAUUUAGUGAAGAACCUGGUCGGUGGUAGGACCUACUAUUUCCAAGUGUUCGCCAACUCAGCCACAAAUUACGGCGCGAGCGACCAGGUGAAGUUUGCCGUGCCGGCUCGUGUUAAGCACAAAGCGAUCACCGCAGGCGUCGUGGGCGGCAUCCUCUUCUUCCUUGUCGCCAUCAUCCUCAGCAUAUGCGCGGUGAAGAUAUGCAAUAAACGGAAGAGACGAAAACAGGAGAAAGAACUGCUUUCAGCGUAUAAUAUGGUGGCCUGCCGGCUCACCGACGCCAGAAACGGCGCAGGGCAGGGGCCCCAGGGAACAGUGCCUUUGAAAAAACCUAGAAAAAGCCGAGUACCAGGUUUAAGUCUCCUGAAGGAGAUCCUGAGCCCAGAUACCCCGGACUCGUGCCGCUGUCGUCCGCUAGGCAAGAUCUCCCGAGCGGCCGACGGUCGCUUCGUCGUGGCGGACUCGGUCCUCAGCUCGGCCAACAAUAGCAUCCUGGACGUCUCCAGCAGCGACGACGGUGGUUUCUUGCCGAAGCAGCGGCUCAAGUCUUCGUGGCGACGACCGCUGGUUGGCACUAGUCAGCUCAGCCUGAGAUCUGACGGCAGCGGCGUGUCCAUAGUUCCCUUGCCAUCGGGCUACCAUCACCAUCAUGGUGUUGUUAAUCCUUUAGCAAGGAUACCGGCCGCGAACGUUUGCACGAUCACAUCACCCAGGUUCCUGGCGAGUUCACCGAGUGGGGCUCAGGUUCCCUGGACACCUUUGUACUUCAGCGAUCUCAGCUCCGUCAAGCAACCAUCCUCCGGCGAACGUUCCUUCCCUACGCCGCCAGGCUACCUCCAGCUUCGCAGCGUGCAUCAGCGAUAUAGUCAGGAAUUACCAUCACUCAAGGCGAUCCAUGCCGAGUCGAGGCGGUUCGUGCCAGUGCAGCCAUUGGCGACGUCUUCGCCGCCACAGCCGGCCGGGCGACCAAGGGCGAGGUUGCCGCCAAGACACGCCAGACACGCCAGAUCGGCACCGGAACUCGCUGCCUCACCCGACCUGGAGACCUCGCCCGAGAGCAGAUCAAGCAGUUCGGGGUUUGGCAGCAAGAAUACCUCACAGCAGAACCAGAGCUCAAGAAGCGGUAGCACGGUCGCUGAAUGGAGGCCGCCGCCAUACAGGCCACCACCGCCGCCAUUGGUAGGCCGCUGGCUCGAACUUCAGGAUCAGGCCAAGGUGGGACACACGCACAUACAAAAUGCCGUGGACGCUGGCAGCGUUGACGGUCACUACGAGUUCGAUCCGGUGUCGUGCACACCGACACCUACGUCGGCCUCGACGCCUACGCGGGAGGAGAGACCACCGAUGCAUCAGAUUCAUAUGACCCACGUCCCCCACAUCCAUCAAGUGCACACGGUACAUCAGAAGGCGCCGAGGUAUAGCAGAGAGAACAUAGAGGCCCGAGUACAAGCGAUGAAGGCAGAAUUUCAUCAGUUUCGGCAAAGACAAGCGAGAAGACGACAGAGCGCGCACUUGGAAAGCGCGUGUUGAAGAAGAUUGAAAGGAACUUGAAGGAAAUCUUAUUGAUAAACCAAUGCGAUUCAAAGCAGCUGCAUCGCAAGAUCUUAUGAUCGAAUUGAAACCAAUGGUUGCAGGGUUAAACACAUAAUGCGAGAGACGAAAGUAAUUCCUAAAAGAACUAAGAGAAAUCUCGGACAAAGCUAGAUAUCGCUCGUGAUUAGAUUUUUGGUACUGGCUUUUGACUACCGUAGAAGAUCGCGUGUUUCGACACAGCGACGACAACGUGAUCAUCACCGAAGACCAACUACCGCAGCACAACGAGGAUCAUCAUCUCACGUGAUUCCGCAUUUAGAGGAGUUUAAGUCAAUUCUAGUAGCUGGACAUCCAUCUACAAAAGAAGGCUGUUAUAAGUAUCAGCUCAGGAUACAUAAGUUUCGCACGACCACGAGACGGGAGCGACGUAGUAGAACCGUACAUUAAGACGAUAAUCUUUCGGAGUUUCGCCCGUUUUAUUGAUUAAGAGGACCGUCGAGUAUCCUACGGGGGAAACGAUCUCGAUAUCAUUUACUCGGGGGGGGGGGGGGGGGAUGAACCCAGUGACACCGAUCGCGCUGGGAUGCUAAUAGAAACGAAGUGCGUAAACGAAAAACGUUCGAAUCCGAUUAUUAUUGGUCAUAUCCCGCGUACACCAACCACGCCUAUGUCCGGUUUAGAGGACCGUGAUUUUUAACGUUACUAUAUAUAAUAAUGUAGAAGAACAUACGGAAGAAUUCACGGGGGAUGAACACGGGGAGGACGAUCUUUUUUUAAAACUCAGUGGAACUGUCCUUAGAGCUAGAAAGUGCGCAGAUGCAAAAGAAACAUUUCCGAUUGACUCAAUAGGAUGCUAAUACAGCGGGAUCGUUCAGUAUCGCGAUUGCGAUGAAAGACGGUUGAAAAGAAAGAUAGGAAAGCAAAAGAAUGAAAUAGUUACGUCGGCAUGAUACUCCAAAGAAACUGUACCACUGUACAUGAUCCGCGUAUACCUUUUAAAUAUAAGAUUAAAAUUAAUCGUACGCUGUAAGUAAUAAUUAAAAACGAAAGAUAAACAAAAAAAUAAGAUAAUCGAAGAAUUAACACACACUCACAUGUGGACAUAUACAUAUGUACACAUACAUACACGGACAGACAAACAGACACAAGUAAUUAUAUCGAAGAGCAAUGGACUCGAAACGUGAUAUUAGGCCGAAGCUUGCCUCGAGAUUGCUUAAGGACUCACUCGUACUGCACUGCCUGUUUAGGGUUUCGCUAGCGACCCAACAUAUUAUCGGCACAAUAAUUUUUCUUAAGCAACGUAAAAACGAGAAUAAGAAUAACGUUCUUCGAAUCUACGCGCGUUUGGCCAAUAUAAUACGGCGAUUGAGUGCGCACGUUUAUCACGCGUUGGUGACACGCGGGUUUACUGCCUAUCGGCACUCCGGAGUCCAUCGGUCAUCCUUCUCGAAUUAGAUUAGCGACGCGAGCACGCGUAUCAACAUUCUACGAACGACAUUGCUCGGACUCUUAAAAAAUAAGAAUAAUGAAAAUCAUUAGAGGAAAAAAAAAAUCUUUCAACUGCCAAUGAAGAUGGGGUCCGAUGAUGCGUUUGACUCAUUUCGUAUGAAGCGUUGAUUAAAUAAAACUAGAGAGUAAUUAAGUGGAGAAGGAUGACCGAUAGAGACGGCCAUCAUUGCCGGAAGGGAGGUGCACGCGCGCACACACACGUCGACCUAGCCGAAAUUCGUGUAUAAUUAAAGAGACGAAGGGGUUAAAAACACAGAACACACACACACGCACACACGACAGACAUACAUAAAUGUAUACAGGCGACACAAAACACGCAACACAGAAACAGACGCACACAUAAUACAAGAGAGGCGUUCUUCGAGACCCACCUAAUUCUCACCAAACGCAUCGGAUCAUCUUGAAUCACGUGAGAUUGGGGGCCGGCGAUUGCCGAUCGCGGGGGGUGGGGUUCUCGGGCGAAACUACGGGCUAAUCAGUGUCGAGCUGCGCGACCUAACGCGUACCCCUGGGGGGGCGAGGGGGUGAACCAGCGGCGCGCUCGUUUCUCCUUACCCUUUUUUUCUAAUUUUCUCUAUACAUGCGACCGUGAAGAUGCCCCCACGAGAUCGGCCCGGCCCGCGACUCCCGGCGUUUUACUUUCUUUAUAGUACAAACACUUAUUUAUACAUACGUACGUAUUAUACAUAUUUAUUAUAAAUAUUAGCAAGGGCCCUACUCACGAUUCAACUAUACUUCGACAAACCGUAACGGCGAGGGAAAGAAGAAGAUGAUGAGUAAUGUGGACGCCACCGAAGCGCUCUGUACAAUUUUGUUAAAAUGUGCAUGCAUGGCGGGCUUGCAAAGCCGGAUUCGGACCGAACAAACAAGCGCGAGCAAACGCGAAUGAACAGUUUGCUUCAAUCAGCGUGAAUCGUGCCGUUAUUAAUGUUCGCGAUAUCAUUCGCAACUUACCAAAGUUGUUCAUUCAUGUUUGAUCUCGAUCUGGAUCCGGCUUGACGUGCGAGAAAAAGUGAACGUGCGAGAAUGGCGUGGACGAAUGAAUGGAAUGCUGACGAAAGUAGACUAAAGCCAGAUCUAGACCGAACAAAUAAGUGCGAACAAGCACCGAUAAAUAAUUAAUUCUAUUGACUGCAAAACACGGCAUCGCAAAUGCUGACAGCGCCAUUUGCACUCGUGGAAACGAAUUAUUCAUUUUUUUUUUGCAUUUGUUCGUGCUUAUUUGCUGGAUCCGAAUAUGGUUUUAUGCGUGAGCAAAUGUUGUUAAGAUAAAACAGAGAGCAUAAUGUAACAUACACAAUGCAAAGAACAAAAUAAAUUUAAAAAAGGAAUAUGAUAAAAGUUAAGAAAUAACGGAGGUGACACGAAAGAGUACCAAUAUUCUAAAGUAAUUCUAAUAGUUGAAUUAAUAAUUUGAUAAUUAAUUGAUAUUGUAAAUCGUAAACGACGUAGCGUAUAGCGUAUUAAUCAACGAGAGCGACGAACGCGGCGAAUAUUCACUAAUUAAUCAUUAUAUCCGCGCGGAAGUAUUGCGAUAUGAGUCUAUAAACAUGGAAAGACGGGGGAGGAGGUGCUAAAGAACUCGCGCCGGCAGAAUGGUACCAAUUUUUAUCGUCAAUCGCGUAAAAUUGUUAAUAUGUUACUAGCGAUAAACGUAUCGGAUGUAUGAGAUGUAUGUAAUGUUGGGGAUGUAAGAGAACAGAUCUCCGUCGACUUAACGUUCACCGUAGACGUUGGGGAAACGUUUUUGAUAACGUGAUUAUAAUACACGCUUCGUAAUUAUACAUUAUACACGAGAGACACCCUCUCCCCCUUCUGGAUGGAUGCAGCAAAAGGAAAAAUCAUGCACGCGAGAGAAGGUGAUACAACCACUGACUUGUAGAUGUAUAAGUAACGUGUAGAUAUAUCAUAGUUAGAUACAACGAUCUCAAGAGGUCACACAGUAUGAACGCGAUAAUGUGCGAGAAUGAAAGAGACAGGAAGAAAGAAAGAGGAAGAGAGAGUAUGAGAAUGAAAGAAAAUGUAUGAGAGAGGGAGAGAGAGAGAGAGAGAGAGAAAGAGAGAAAGAGAGAAAUGGGAGAAAAAAAGUAAUGAAAAACUAAAAGUGAAAAUCUUAAACGAUCCUCCGUGUCAAACUCGAGUCUCUCGUGCAGUGCAAAAAAUUCAUACAAUAAAAUGAAUAUCUUUGAAAUGUAUCCGAAAUACGAGGGAGAUCGUGAGGUUGUGAGAGAAAGCAUUGUGGAUGUGCCUAUGUAUUUGUUUGUGUGUGAAUGAAAGAGAGAAAGAAAGAACAGAAAAAUAAGAGAAAUGAUGAUUUCGCUUGAAACGGCAUUUAUGGAUAAUAUGGUUGAAUCGUGAAUUCGUUUGUAAAAUUUUUAUCACCCGUCACGACGGUUUCGUUCCAAGUUUCUUCUUCGCGAUUCGUGUAUAUUUACGUUUGUCAUCGUCAUCGCGCAUCUUUUGCGUUUACGAUAUUCAUUGUAUCUUCGCCGCGCUAUUGCACACGUAGCUCGCGCGUAACUGCGAGCGACCGCCGUGAUUCGUGGAUUAAUUAAGCGUUUCAUUCGUUAUGUACCUGAAAGCCAGUCGCGGAUACGCUCAUUGCCCGAAAUCGCUUGAGUGAAAUUCGAAAUAAGCCCUCGAAGCAGAACGUUCGCGAUUUUGAAGGGUCAUAUUUUUUGACAUCGCAGAUCAUGUGUAGCUUCACUCGUCACAUGAUCGAAAACAUGCUUAUUUUGCUUACUAAUGAAUUCGUGUACAAAUUGUAGAUAGACUAUACAUAUAUUGCGUAAAUACAUAAAUCAUGCGUGAAAAUUGUAGCUAUUAUAUAAUAUUUAUGAAAGACGCACACGAUAAUCCAUGAUAUAAUCGCAUAUUCAUGAUAUUAUCAAAUUAAAAUUUAUUAUAGAUGACGAAAUUAAGUCCUUUCAAGUUAGAUCACGAACGUGAUUUCCCGCGAAACCUUGAAAAUAUUCACACAUUUGCAUUCAAAUUGACGUAUUUAAAUUGCAAAGAAACGCAACGAUGCUGCUUCGAGGUACAGCGUUCGAACAAUGCGUGAAAGAUGAUAAUUUGACCUGAAACAUAUGCUAGUGUCAUACUAUUCGAGAUACCAUAUUGGUUGAAUGAUAUACUCUUCGAUCGACACGGAAAAAACACGUUCAAAUCGAAUUCAAUGGCUCUCGGGUACUACUCGGGUUCAGCUUGGAUCUGCGAUCAUUCAUAUGCGCUUCGGCUUAUUUGAGAUCUUGUAUAACAUGAUAUUUUCUUGCAACAUAAUGUUAUCAAAUGUUUUUCUUUCGCAAUUGAAAGCAGAUCUAUAUGCGCUCUCAUGAAACUUGGUGAAGAUCGUCGCGGUUCCAAGCAUAGCUCUCACUUCGAGUGCUCUCGUAUCAUCGUACAUCGGCGCAAUUGCUACUGCAAUGAUAUUUGUUGCGCCAAAUUGAAUUCGAGGAAAGAAGACACAGAGCAAAGAUUUUUAUUCUUUUUUAUUAUUCUCUCAUUUGACUACUAAUUUGUUUCUUGUUGAGUCAUUGGAAUGUACUUUCACACUUGUAAUCGUUAGCCUUCUCACACUACCGACAUCGAAUUACUUCUACACACGUAUGUAACGUUCUUCUGUAUCGUCUGUAUGUUCACUUCCGCUUAUUCUCGAUUGUAAUCCGCCGUCGGACUCGUAUACGGUGCGUUGAACCGUUUCGUUGUCACUUUCGCGAAUGCUCGUUGUUCACUUCCAUAUCCAGUUUGAUUGAUUGAUCUAUGCUUUCUCGCGAACCCCCCACGAGAACUCCAAGACGUACUAACUUAGGACAAAUUGUAGACAAUUUAUUAUUAAAUAAAAUGAAAAAUAAAUCGACAUUUGAAACGAAAUGGGCAACGUUCUCAAG